AAUAACACAUUCAACGCACCAUGGCUGAUUUGGCAAACAUUAACUUUCCGAUUCGGUCUUUCUCGUCGCACUGCAGCCACUCAGGCCGGGUCGGCGUCCACGAGCCACACCGGAACGCCCAGCGCACGCCUCCCAUGACGGCCAGUUUCAGUACUAAGAACGGAACAUUAAAUCUAGCAAUAACAACACAUGACGUGUGGCCCCACAUCCGGAACAACUGAUGGGGGUGGGACGUCAAAGUGGUAGUGGCAAUGGAUGGACCAAUGGGAUGGAUGAUUACGCUGCGUCGCCAAAAGGUGUUGUUCCGAUUCAGAGAUUUUUUUGCGUUGAUGAGCAUCUGAUUUAUUCUCUACGAUUGAUAAGGAGGAAGCUGAGCCCUGUCCUGGUGCUCUGGUUGCCUGAGGACACACCUGCUGUAGCACUUACCUGUGCUGUGUGACCCUUGGCCUUUGAGUGAACUAAGGGAGUGUGUCACAUGAGGCGGGAUUCUUCUCAACAGCAGUCCUUCAUCCAGCGAUAUACAACACUCACUUCUUGAAGUCCAAGCUAGCCUGACUGCUCUCUCCCUCUCUCUCUGUAUCUCUUCCCCCCCUUUCAUCCAUCCAUCCAUCCAUCCAUUCAUCCCUCUUUUACACUUCUCCAUGCCUUUGCCCAAUGAUGUCCCUCUCACUUUCAGAGGUCCUCUGUAAGACUUCUGUCUCUCCAUCCCUAUCUCCAUCCCUCCUUGAUUUGUCUCUCUGUCCGUCUGCGUGCGCGCCCCUCCUGACCGCCAGGCUGGAUUUCCUGCAGAUGAAACACCUGAAGAGGAAGAGGAAGAGUAACUACAGCGUUCGUGAGACGCAGACGCUGAUCCGGGAGAUCCACAAGAGACGAGACGUGCUGUUCUCCCGCCAGCAGAACACCGCCAUCAACGAGCUGAAGAGACGAGCCUGGGAGGAGGUAGCAGGAGGCGUCAACGCACUGGGAGAGGGCGAGCUACGCACAGCUUCAGAGGUGAAGCGGCGUUACCUGGACUGGCGGUCGCUAAUGAAGAGGAAGCAGCUCCGUGCUGAGCUCUCUCUCCCCACAGGGCUGAAGGCAGAGUAUGAUCCCUCCUCCCCCGAACACAACGCCUCACUGGGCUCAAGGGACCAGUCGCUCGACCUCUCUAGCUUUCCCAAGGAGUCCCAGUGCGACUGGCAGGACCUGGCGGAUCUUGGAGAGCCCAGCGGACACGUAAUGUCUACAGGGGUAAAGAUGGAGGAGGAGGCCAGCGGAUACAGGCUGGAGGGUGAUAGCGGAGAGGGAGAUGGUGAGGAUGAUGAUGAUGAUGAUGAUGAUGAAGAUUGUUUAACCUCCCUCCUACCCGACAUGGGAGAGCGCGAUGGACGCAUCCCUGAAGUCUUCUCACACAUCGAUGAGUUCGGAAUGCUCAGUGCCUCAAAGGGAACCGCGACCUCGAUGAAUCGGGACCUCUCAUUGGGUGGAAUGGGCUUUGUUGGGUUAGGACUGGCCAAUCACGAGAGUACGGGACUUAUGGUUGGUUUGGAGAAGCAGCGUGUGGAACUGGAGAGGCAGCGACUGGCUGUGGAAACGGAGCGGCUAGCGGUGGAGAGAGAGAGACUCCUACUGGAGAAGGAGAGACUUAGUCAGUCGGAGGUGGAGAGGGAGAGAUUGCAGCUGGAGAAAGAGAGACUGCAGGUGGAGAAAGAGAGACUUAGGGUGUUGCUCAUGAACCAAUCAGAAUGGGCCGCUGCUCCCCCCCAGCAAGGCCCUCCCUCCUCGUCCACCCCCACCCCUACCACCUCCUCUUCCUCUGCUGUGGAUGGACAGAAUGAGAGAAAAGAGAAUAAACCCUGGCUUUCUAUGAUAGAUCUGGAGGGCGAGAGACUGAGGCUGGAGAAGGAGAGAUUGCAGUUAGAGAAAGAGAGGCUGCAGUUCUUUAAGUUUGAGUCUGGACGACUGCAGAUAGAGAGGGAGAGACUAGUGGUGGAGAGGGAGAGAAUGCAGCUUCACAAGGACCAGGGUCACUGAGAGAGAGGGAGGCAGGAUAGAGAGAAGGAUCGCAUCAAAUCACAUUUUGUCACAUGCUUGGUAAACAACAGGUGUGGACUAACAGUGAAAUGCUUACUUACGGGCCCUUCCCAACAACGCAGAGAGAAAUAUAGAGGAACAAUGGAAAAGUGAUGAUAAUAAUAAUAAAAUAUACACAAUUAGAAUCGAUAACUUGGUUAUAGACACUGGGUACCAGUACCAAUUCGAUGUGCAGGGGUACAAGGUAAUUGAGGUAUAUAUGUACAUACAGUGG